AUGAACUUGUCUGCUGAGCACUGCAACAUCUCAGACUGGCUGAGGCUCGAAGCAACAGUGAAGGCCUCUGUGUAUGUGGUCACUUUCUUUUUUGUCACGUUCAUCACAGUCGUCAUCAUCACAAUAGUGUUGCAGAAUUCAAAGCUGAGGAAAGAGGUUCGAUACAUCCUCCUUUGCCACCAUCUGAUGUGCAUCUCCUCCUACUGUGGCCUGGGGGUUGUCUUCCAAGGAAUGCGGGCCCUGCUGGUCAACAGCCCUGUGGUGAUGUGCUGGGUGGUGUUUGGAGCCCAGCUAAGUUUUGGAGAAGGUAUCCUCUUCACUCUGGCCUUAAUGGCUGUCAACACUUACCUGGCCAUUUGCUGGCCAUUGAAAUCUCUGUCCUUUGUAAAGCCGGUUAAAUAUAGGGUUCUGGCUGGGACUUGGAUCAUCAUUGUAUUCAAGAAUGUUAGCUUAUUCAUCAUAGAGGGUACCAAGUCCACUGCGGUUGCUGUUUUAAGAUCUGAACCCCUCUGCCCUGUGACUUUGAACAGUACUCCUGCCAGAGUCAUUGGCAUGAUUUUCCUUCUCCUUCUUCUAUCUGUUAUUCUUAUAAGUUACUUUCUAAUAUAUCAAGAGGGCAAACGUGCUGGCCAUUUUAAUAGCUCAAAUAUCAAAGCAAGAAAAACAGUCCUUAUUCAUUUAUUGCAGAUAAGCUUACAUGUAAUACCAACCUUAAUAUUCAUAGGUUUGGGAAAGAUGUGUGGAGUGUUUUUCUUUGCUUUAAAUCUGGCGCUUUUUGGAGUCUUUGCGUUUGCCCAGUGUUUUAACCCUCUGAUAUAUGGGCUCUGGAAUAGAGAGCUGCGAAGCAGAUUAUACUAUUGGAUGUGCUGUCAAUUUUGGUGUGGUCACAUGAUGAAUAGCGGAGGGCCAGUUUAA